AUGCUGGCAUGGGCGUGUGUUCUCUACCUCCUGGCUCUAUCCGUUCCGGUAUCAUGCUGUUCAAACUUCUACUAUUCAAAAAAUGCCUUCCGAAGGUCAGAAGAGUGCAACCUCUGUUACGAGAAGGAGUGCAUGACCUUGGAACAGGCGCGGUGUGAUUACUAUGCCGAAGCUGAGUCCGUGCUGCCCAAGGAUGAUGACGAGCCAGGAACUGUAAACAAUCCUAAGCUGAGCAAAGAGGUUGAUGACCUCGUGUUUGACUUGGUUGAUAAAGGUGCAGGACUGUCCAAUAAUAUGGAGUGCAUACCAUACGUAUCCCGGUACACCAACUGCAAUAAAGAUAAUAUAUGCCUGGACUGUAAGACCUGCGCGUGCAACGCUGACGGGCGCUGGAAGUGCACCAUCGCAGCGCCCUGUCACUCCAAGGAACCUCCGCUGAAGAUCGACCACCGGGUCCUUGUGCUAGUAAUGGGAACGAUAAUUGAGAGUGCACAUUCAAAGAAAGUAAAAAGGUCGGUGGGAAAUAACUCGGAGGAGUUCACUACCACCGCCAGCAACAUUACCCUGGAACAGAUCGCCGAGUGGUUCUAUGGCAUGAAGCUGCCUCGUCGUAUCUCAGAGACACCUUCCACUGAAUCCACGACUACUGCUGGAACACCUACUACUACAACUGAAACUAGCCCAAUGACUGAAGUACCCCCAUCGACAGUAUCAAAAACGAUUAACACAGACACAGACUAUCUUGAAUUCGAUGAAGUGCUUCGAAGUAUCGCAGUAGACACCAAAACUUACAGUCGAAGAAAACCAUUGGAUUAUAUACUUAGUAAUCAAAGCUUUAGCGUUGAUUAUAUAAUUUUUGAUGAAGAUAAUGUCACUAGUAAUACUAAUGGUGAUAACUUAGUCUAUAUGAUGAAUAUGAUGCAAGAAAAUGAUGGUGUAACAGAGCCUUCCGUUUCUGAAACUACUAAAGUUGUGAUUGAUUUACUGUCUGCAGCUGAGCAACUAGGAGCCAAGUCAAAAACAACUGAAGAUGAUACCACUUGGAACAAGGAUAUAGAAGCUAACGCACUGGAAGACAUGAAUGAUGUUAUAGAUUACAACAGACUCAACAUUAUGAAAAGAGAUGUUGAAGAGCAAAACAAAAUGACAGCACCCAGCUUAGUGCCAGUAGUCACUAUUAUAGUGAACACUACUAAUAACACCAGGGACAAUAUCACUGGAGAAUCUCUACCCAAUGAUUUUAAAGAAAGUGUCCUUAUACCAUUCAACAAAAUUAUACUUGAAAAAAUAAAAGAAUUAGAAAAUUUAAAGAAAAUCAAAGACAACCUCGUCAAAUUCGUUAAAAGUGAUGGUGCGAUACCAGAAGAUGUAGAAAAUAGUACAGGCAAUACAUACUUCUCUAUAUACAACUUUGCCAUGGGCACAGGUUUCAAUAUUGGUUCAAGAAGAUCAAAUACAAAAACAUAUGACAAGUAUACGCUGAAAUUGAAAAAUGACAUUUUCGAAGUAAUACGAGACAUAAUAGCAAUACAGCGGCAUAAGGGUACAAAUGUACCUAAUGACUUAAAUUAUCUCCUGCACUCAAUGAAACAAUACGUUUACAAGAACAAAUGGCAGGAUAAUAAACCAAAGAAAAUAAAGAUAAAGAAAAUGAGAAACUUCAGACGACAGAUGAACCAGAAUGUUGGACAUUGUGCCAACAUUUCAAUAAAGGACUGUUUGAUUAAAAUCCUAGAGUUAAUUGACAAACACACGCCAAAGUCUAAUGCUUUAUCUCCACUGUCACCAACCUCGAGGAGAAUAAUGAAACACAUUGUAAACUCAUUCUACGUAGAUGAACUAGCUGUGGCCGGCGUACGCGUGCACGAUCCUAAUUAUAACUUAACUAAAGAUUUACAAAUGAUUGGCAUUCAGUGGCAGGAGAUGUCUGCGAAUCUUCUUACCAGCACUCCUUUCGCUAGCCUGUUUAGAAUGAAACUACUACAUUUUGGUUUAACUUCAGAUAUAAGUAAAAUUAAUAACGCUUUAAGUUUGAUAGAUUUUACUCACAGCAGACGAAUGCUGCCGUCAUUAGAUAAAGUAAACGAUGACGUUAUAGAUAAAAUAAACACUGGCUUGACUGGUAUUCACGACAAAAUGCAAAUAAUAGUAAAAUACUACUCACUGAAACCUAAUUCAACAGAAACAACAAAUCCACCGACAGAAGGGGAAACUAACACUAAACCAUUAAAUACAACUGAUUCAAAGAAAAAGAAAAAUCGGUCGUUUAUAAAACACAUCCGCAGUUUACUAGAGACUUCAAAGAAAGAUAUCGCAGAGCUUCUACACAGAAAGGUUCCCAAGUCAGAAAUAGUAAAACAACUUGCGAAGAAAAAGUUAGACAAAAUAUCAGAGAAAAGAUACAACGAGUAUGAGGAAGCUAUGAAGAAAUGGCAGAAAAACUUAGAAGUCACUUCAAGAAAUAAAAGAUCUCUUUUAGAUGGAUUCUCAACACGUAUCAAGAGCAUCAUACCAAGAUAUUUAAGACAUAAGGUCAAUCCGAAAAUAAAACAAAACCAGAAAAUUGCAACUGCUAACGCAACGCGUUUUGCCGAUAAAUUGAAGAAAAAAAGGAUAGCUUUAACUCGUGGACGCAUGUGGAGGAGAACUACAACACCUAGAACGAAGAGGCUGAAUGGAAACGUGGUUCCGAAAACUACGACCACCCAAUCAAGAACUACGUAAGCCAAUUAA